AAAUCUAAGCCAUUCUACAAUAGUUUAGAUACAUGAGAUGUACCUACAAUCUCUUUUUUUAACCCCCGAGUACUUAGGUGUUAGGUUUUUAUUUAUUCUAUUGCAAUUAAGCAAAAUGUACCUAGUAUAUAAACACCGGAGUUUUUAUCACUAUUUUUAUCACUAGGCAUGAAUUAGUCAUCAAAGGAUGUGUUAACUAAUAAUAAAAAUAGACAACAAGCGGUUUAUUUUGGAAUAGUGGAUGUAAGCUAUUAUGAGCAAUCAUUCUCUUUAAAAGUUACUUUUAUUAUUAUUACCUCUUGUGGGAAUAUAAAACAUCCAAAACUUGUUUUUGUGAUUACCAGAGAAAAUUUCAUGAAAAAACAACAGUUGCUAAGGAUGUUUAGGUACCUUAUGCAAUGCUGAUGGGAACUUAAGCAAAGACAGGUUUGAAAAGCACUGGAACCUUUAUCCUUCACGCUGUUAUUCUAAGAAUGGGAUCGUCAAGUUUUUGAAGAUUUUAAAAGACUUGUAACAAGUAUUAACCCAAUUAAUAAACAUUAAAUUAGAAAUCAUAUGUAGUAUAAGCUAUUAUUCUUAUUAGUACAUUUUCGUAAAACAGUGUGAGAUCUAUACCUUUAUUACUUUCCUACGGUCAUAAGACACUUUGAAUAAAGGAGCUUCGUUGCUUGAAACUUGAGAUAUCACUUAUGUACCGAGCAUUUGCAACGCUGGAAAUAAUUUUAUCUAUUCUACUAAGAACCCGUGGGACAAUUCAUAUGCCAUGUUACCUACUGAUCAACAAGAAUACGUUUUCAGGUUUAACAUGGUUGUGGAUAUCAAGUUGGUGCUUGUGAUGGAUGGCAUAGGAGAAAUCUGUACAAACAUUCUUAAUUUGCAUGGUAUCCAAACAAUUAGAAGACCAAACAUCUUAAGGAAGGAUUUGUUAAAUGAUUUAUAUACUUAUGACGCAAUAGUAGUGCGUCCCGACGCUGAAGUUACAAGAGAAAUUCUCGCCGCUGCAUUUCGUUUAAAAGUAGUAGCCCUCGCGAGCCCUGGUUGUGGCAAAAUCGACGUAGAGGCAGCCAGCAACAGGGGCAUAAGUGUUAUCAACGCUCCAAACUCGACUGUAAUUAGUGCUUGUGAGUUGAUAUGCGGAUUGUUAUUGGCUGUGGCGAAACAAAUGCGACCAGCCAGGAAUGCGUUUUCUAAAGGUAUUUGGAACUAUGGAUCAUUCAUAGGCAAUGAUGUCAAAGGCCGUACCGUUGCUAUCAUCGGUUGUGGCAGAGUUGGUAAGAAAGUCGCUAGUCGGAUGACCGCUUUUGGUAUGAAGGUCGUGGGAUUUGACCCGCUGUUAGCGGUGACGCACCACAACGGGUUCUGCACUAUGAUAAAGGACCUGAAUGAAAUUUGGCCUAUCGCAGAUUACAUCGUGUUGCUCGGUGAUUACGUACUCUACUCGAUAAUUGGCUACGAUCCGUUUGCAACCGAAGAACAAUGUAAACAGUUCUUCUUAUCAAAAAUGACCCCGGAAGAACGACCUGAAUUCCAUCAAUGGCUAAACAUCCAUUCGGCGCUCCUGGAACCUAAUCGCAACUUCAUAAAUGCGGAUAUUCUCCGUCGCUGCAAGACUGGGGUGAAGAUAAUAAACGUGGGUCGCGGUGGUCUUAUCAACGAGAGUGACCUCUUGGAUGCUCUUAACUCCGGACAGGUGGGCGGAGCAGCUAUCGAUGUUUUGGAGGGGCAACAAAGCGAUCCGGUGACUUUAACACUCAUUGACCACCCACUAGUGAUAGCAACGCCGCAUAUCGCUACAUCUACGGCGGACGUGUCUGUGCAUGCGGCGAAGGAAAUAGCGGAGCAGAUCAUUAACUUAGUGAAGCCAGGGACAUACUCCACUAUGCUGUCUGAAAUUAAUAAAAUCUACGACUAACAACGCUUUUUACGACUUUUUCAUUUGUUUUUCGCUUUUAAACUUGUGUCUGUUUUUUGCUUGAUCUUUGU